AGAUAUCAAGGCGCGCUGCUUUCGGCGCUUUCGAAGUAGUUCUUUGAUGAAGAUGAACAAAGACUAACAAUGUAGACUCGAAUCUCAUCACAAGUCUACAUGUACACCUUAACCUUCGCCAAAAUACCAAUUUUGAUUCGAAAGACUGCAGAACAUGUCUUCGAACAGUAACAAGCGCAGAAGGGCGAACGAUCCGGAAUCUUACCGCAGCAAAAACGACAAGAAGCCAAGGACUCCAUCACCGACCGAAUGGACAGACAUCGGGAAAACGCCCUCCCCAACCGGCUCAGAGGCACUUGCCAUGAUAAAUGCACUCACGCUUUCUUCUCCCGAUCGACCUUCCCUGCGCAAAAUUUCCCCUGUUCCUUAUCUUCUUACUACGGAUCCUUUGAUUCAGGUGCUUGGCCUUGAGCGGCUGAACAAAGAUGGGUACAUCAAUCUAGACUCUGUCUCAAAACCUGACCCAGGGUUUGGCUAUGGAAAACACACGACUCCCGCAGUGGCUUAUCGCACGUAUAAAAAGACUAAUACCAUAGAUGCAGAUGGUGAACAGGACGUCGCUGUAGAAGAGGACUCAUACAUACAUCCAAUUUUCUUCCGCGACCGCUGGGAAACCCAGGAACUUGCUUCAUCAUCAAGUCCCUAUUGGGAGGAAUUGAAACCAGUUUGGCAACUUGCCACCCUUCUGCUGGAAGAGAAAGUCAUGUCGGGCUACAUAAUGGGUAUGCUGGACCGUAGUUCGCAUACUGAGAUCAAGACGCGCUUCGACGGGCAUGCAGUCCACUGGUUCCAAUGUAAGGAGAGGCCGUCCAAACAAGAAUUGUGGUUGUUAUGGGAGGAUCUCUGGGAUUUGAAAAAUUGUAUCAAAUGGUCGGCUCUGGAGAUUACAGAAGAGCGCCACCGCGGGGUCUCCGGCACCACGAAAGUAGACCGAUCGGUCUCUGGAUUGAGUAAACACGGAGUUGGCUCCAAGAUCGUCAUCAACGAGAACGUUCUCUCCAUCCUCUGCGGUAGGAUCAACGCCUCAGACUUCUCAAAGCCUUGGUCUCCAGGCACAGACAACCCUUCUGCUCGUCUCCGUCUUCAGUGGUCCCUGGCGACAACAAUGGUACACGAAUUGAUGCACGCCCUCUGGUUAGCCCGCCACGGCACAACAUCAAUUGAACCCUUCUUUCGUGACACUCGCUUCAGCGAAUUAGGUUGGCAAUGGGAAACUCUAAUCUAUGGAGGAGCGAUUGCUCCAACCAGCGAUCGCUGCGAGCAACCAUAUGGAUUACAAAUCCAGAACUGGCCUGGUGGUAUCACACACGUGAGGUAUCCUACAUUGCAGAACGUUGGACCCGAGCCCCCAAAGAUAAUAGAACUAUUCCCGGUGGAGAUGAGUUGGGUGGCCGAUUUUUUCAAACAAUCAUUCUGGGAUUUUGUGGAGAGGUAUGGGAGACCAGGUAUCGUUUGUCCGGUACCAGCGGAGGGUGUGCCUUUCACAUAUUAAGACAUGGUAUCAAGCGUAAUAAUUACACUGCAGGUGUCUCUACACAUUAUGCUAGUAUCGAUGUACCUAGCAAAUUUCCCUUCUCACAACGCACAGUAAGAAUACCUUUCGAGCACUGCCUCUCAACAAGUCAACAAUCCCAAUUCAACAACAACGUUGAUCAACCCACCCACACACAACCCAGCAAUACUCUCCAAUCCGUCCUUCGCAACCCACGUAUUAACCACA